AUGCACUGGGUGAAAAUACUGGGGGUGGGCAUUGGGGCUGCUGCCCUCUUGGGGCUAGGGAUCAUUCUGGGCCAUUUUGCCAUCCCCAAAGCAACCGACCCUCGGGCCCCCAGUGCUUCAGACUCCCAGGGCCUGGACCUGGCGAUCCUUGACUCCAUAAUGAAACAACUGGAUGCCAGCAGGAUUCGAGAGAACCUUCGAGAACUCUCCAAGGAACCACAUGUGGCCACCAGCCCUCGGGAUGAGGCCCUGGUGCAGCUGGUGCUGGAGCGCUGGAAGGAUACCCUGACUGGCCUGGACGUAGCCAAGACCUACGAGUAUGAGGUCCUGCUCUCCUUCCCCAGCGAGGAGCAGCCUAACAGCGUGGAAGUCGUGGGCCCCAGCGGAACGGUCUUGCAUUCCUUCCAACCCUUUGAGAAGAACCUGACUGGGGAGCAGGCGGGGCCCAGCGUGUUGCAACCUUAUGCUGCCUAUGCUCCCCCUGGGACCCCAAAGGGACUCCUUGUCUAUGCCAACCGAGGCUCCGAAGAGGACUUCAAGGAACUAGAGGCUCGGGGCAUCAACCUCAGUGGCACCAUCGCCCUGACUCGCUAUGGAGGCGUAGGGCGUGGGGCCAAGGCCAUCAAUGCUGCCAAACACGGAGUGGUAGGACUGCUGGUGUACACGGACCCUGCUGAUAUCAAUGACGGGAAGAGCUUGCCCAGUGAAACCUUUCCGAACUCCUGGGGCCUGCCCCCCUCUGGUGUGGAGCGAGGCUCCUACUAUGAGUAUUUUGGGGACCCUCUGACUCCCUACCUUCCAGCCCACCGCUCUUCUUUCCGCCUGGACCGUCACAACAUCUCUGGAUUCCCCCCAAUUCCCGCCCAGCCUAUAGGCUUUGAGGAUGCGAAAGACCUGCUGUGCAACCUCAACGGAACCUCUGCCCCAGCCUCCUGGCAGGGAGCAUUGGGCUGUGACUACAAGCUGGGGCCAGGCUUCAAGCAGAAUGGAAACUUCUCAGCAGGCAGUGAGGUGAAAGUGAAUGUCCACAACAAGCUGGAGCUGAGAAGCUCCUCCAAUGUCCUGGGAAUCAUCCAGGGGGCUGUGGAACCUGACCGUUAUGUGAUCUACGGAAACCACCGAGACAGCUGGGUACACGGGGCAGUGGACCCCAGCAGCGGCACCGCUGUCCUCCUGGAGAUCUCUCGAGUUCUGGGGACCUUGCUAAAGAAGGGUACCUGGCGACCUCGCAGAACCAUCAUAUUCGCCAGCUGGGGGGCGGAGGAGUUCGGGCUCAUCGGCUCUACGGAAUUCACAGAGGAGUUCCUCAGCAAGCUGCAGGAGCGCACGGUGACCUACAUCAAUGUUGACAUCUCCGUGUUCGCCAAUGCUACCCUCCGGGCACAGGGAACACCGCCUGUACAAAGCCUGAUCUUCUCUGCCACCAAAGAGAUCAGUGCACCAGGUCCCAGCGGCCUCAGCAUCUAUGACAACUGGAUCCGAUACACCAACCGCAGCAGUCCAGUGUACGGCCUGGUUCCCAGCAUGGGUACACUGGGUGCAGGCAGCGACUACGCCUCAUUCGUUCACUUCCUGGGCAUCUCUUCCAUGGACCUGGCCUACACCUACGACCGGAGCAAGACCUCAGCCCGGAUCUACCCUACCUACCACACGGCUUUUGACACAUUUGAUUACGUGGAGAAGUUUCUGGACCCUGGUUUCAGCAGCCAUCAAGCUGUGGCCAGGACUGCUGGCAGUGUGCUUCUCCGGCUCAGCGACAGCCUCUUCCUGCCGCUCAAUGUCAGCGACUAUAGCGAGACACUACACAGUUUCCUGCAGGCCGCCCAGAAGGACCUCGGCUCUCUGUUACAGCAGCACAACAUCAGCCUGGGGCCCUUGGAGACCGCAGUACAGAGGUUUGAGGCAGCAGCUUUGGCCUUGCACCAGCGCAUCUUGACAUUGAGGAAGAGCAGCCCCGAUCCCUUGCAGGUCCGGAUGGUCAAUGACCAGCUCAUGCUCUUGGAACGGGCGUUCCUGAACCCUCGGGCUUUCCCAGAGGAGCGAUACUAUAGCCACGUGCUCUGGGCACCCAACACAGGCUCCACUGCCACAUUCCCAGGUCUGGCCAAUGCUUUUGCUAGGGCCCAGGACAUCAACUCCGGAUCUGAAGCUUGGGCUGAAGUACAGAGGCAGCUUAGCAUCGUAGUGACAGCCCUGGAGGGUGCAGCAGCCACCCUGGAACCCGUGGCUGACCUCUGACCCUAGCUCUGUCGCUUGGGCUUUUUCUUUAUCUUGUACCUCUUAUACCUGUUUCGCUUGGGGUAUGUCCCAGUCCUUUCUGAGGCCAGUAGAUACAACCAGGAAACACUCUCAAGCUUUUGAGGCGACU